AUGCAUGGUUGUGCAAAGAACUCCAAUAACAAGGGUUCAAUGCGGGGAGUGUCAGACUUCAUGGAGCAAGAAGGGCUGACGCAAGACCUAACUUUUGACCCGGAGGGAACAAAGUUUGUAUGGGAUCCAAGAAUUUGCCGCAGGGCCGGGAGGGUCCAAACUGAGACAAAUCAAGACUUUUUAAUUUCAGUUCCAAAUACGAAAGGAAAUAUUGUAUGUAAACUUUGUGGCAAAGUUGUGAAAGGAGGAAUAACACGGUUUAAAGAGCACAUUGCUCAUAAAACCGGUGAAGUCGCACCAUGUCCUAAUGUCACUGGUAUCAUUAGAGAAAGCAUGAUGAAAUUACUUAAAGAAGCCAAGGAAAAGAAAAUGGACAAAAAAAGGAGAACAGAUGAAUUCUUAUCACAAUUAAGGGAAGAAGAGGAUGAAUGCGUAGAUGAUGUUUCUGCUAUGAGACAAGCCACUCAAGAAAGUAUUCAAUCCCAACACGAAUGGCAUAGAAGAGAAGAAUUCAGACGAAGUACGGGUGGUUGGGAUAACAUUUAUGAAGAAGGACGAUCUUUUUCUCUUGGAUCACGUGGAAGAUAUCGUGAAGAAAGAUCUGAAUUUAGUUUAAGGGGAACUAUACCUGAAUUGGUUAAGAUCAAAAGCUCAAGAAAACCAAAGGUUAGCGAGUCUAUUUUAAAGACAUUGCGUAAAAAGAUGGGUGAAGCGGUCUCGAAAUUUAUAAUAUACGAUCGCCUUCCUUUUCGAUUAGCAAGCUCGCCUUGGUUGUAUAACUUAAUUCAAGUAUCAAUGGAAGUUGUAAAAGGUGUAAAGCUCCCAACACCUUAUGAGAUUUCAGAUGUGUAUUUGACAUCGGAGUAUGAACAAGUUCGUGAAUGGGUAAAUGAACUGAAGACGCAUCGGAAACAACUGGGUGCAACUCUGAUGUGUGAUGGUUGGACCAAUAGUUUAAAUCAAAUGCACAUCAUCAACUUCCUUGUUUAUUGUAGUAAAGGAACUGUAUUUUGGAAAUCUGUGGAUGUCUCGAACAUUCGUAGUAGAGAUGCUGAAUUCUACUAUAAUUUGUUAGACAAAGUUGUUGAAGAAAUUGGGGAAGAAUACAUUAUCCAAAUAGUGACCGACAAUGAGGCAACAAUGAAAGCCGUUGGGAAAAGAUUAAUGUUGAAAAGAAACCAUCUUUAUUAG